AUGGAAGUCUUAGGGGACAUUCCGGGACGCUCAGCGUUGACUAUAUCUGCAGCACGAACAUUGGUAGCUUUUGGGUAUCAUAACCCUGUCAACGUUAUAUCCGAAUCAGAGGAUAUAGAAGAGGUUCAUGCCUGCAUUGCUUGGUGCUACUUGUUUGAGAAGAAUACGAGUAUGCUGCUCAUGCGACCGCAGGCUCUACCGAAGCUCUCCGUACCCGCGACAUCGUUUAUCCCUUCAGAUGCUUCUAAUCCCAUGACCCCAUUUAUGGAGUUGUCUCUGGGUAUCGCACAAGCUCAGGAGGCAGCACUUGACUUGGUCUUUGCAGGAGGUCAGAAUGACCACAACACUUGUCGGACGGAGAUCGGCUCUAUCCUCCGACACAUGGAGGCCAUCAAAAGUAGUAUCACUAGUCCCCUCAUAGACAAAACACCGUCUCGCUCCGAACAGGCAUCAAGGGCCCAAGGUCAUCACACAUUAUCGGACAAAGACCAACCUGCAGGGGAAGCUUCUCGCACGUCGAUCAUCACGGAUACCUCGGCUGACGAUCUUACGAAUGGCCCGGAAAGCCUACAAACACAGUCCAUGGAGGCAUCUGAUUGUAUGCCAAAUGCACACGAGCAGCAGGGAGAGCAUUUCUCAGGGUUCAGCGGAUCCAUCGUGGGACGAUCAGAUGAUGUGGCAGCUUUUUCUACCGCUCCUUCGGUGUGUUGGUAUAAUGCUGAUAUGUUAGGUACAAUUCUAGACUCCGAUAACGCUUAUAGCUUCUGA